AUGAAAAUUAAUUUAUCUUUUAAUAAAAACAAAGAAAAUAAAAAUAGAAAUAAAAAUGGGGAUACAAACAUAGAUAAUGAUCAAAGGAAUAAUAAAAGUUAUAAGGAAAAUAAUCCUACGACUAGAAAUAAAAUAGAAACAAUAUUUUCUAUGUCUGAUGAGGAAGAAACUAUAAAUUAUGAAAACACACAUAAUAAAAUAAUCCAACGAGAAAAAGAAAAUAAAUUAAAUGAUGAAAUAAAAGAAUACAUUAAAGAACAUGAAGAACCUGGCUUAUCAAAUUAUGAAACAAAAGAAGAUAGAAGAGAACGUAUGGAUGAAAAUAAAAAGAAAAAAAUUCAAUAUUUAGGAUAUAAAUCUAAUGAAUUAACAAAAAUAAAUAAUUCCAAAAUUGACGAUAAGGAUUAUCCAUACGAUGAGAAAGAUAUAUAUGAUAAUUUUGAUGAAAAAGAAAAAAAAAAAAAAAAAAAAAAAUCUAUAGAACAGAUUGAUAAAGAUAGUGAUGAAUACUACAAAAAAAAUUAUAAGUAUCAUAAAAAAUAUUCUAGUAGUCAUGAAAAUAAUGAUAGGGAUAAUUCCUAUGACAAGGAUCGUGAUAUAAGAAAUAAAAUAAUCGAUAAAAAAAAAAUAGAUAUGAAAAAAUAUGAUAAACAUAUUGAAGACUAUGAAAAACAGAAAAAAAAAAAUGAGUACAGUGAUGAUGAUAUAAAUAAGUCAUAUCUUUGUAUAGAUGACAUUUUUAAAAAGAAGGAAAAUACAGACGAAAAAAAAAAAUCGAAAUAUAUGGAAGCUCUAAUAAAUAGUGCCAAAAGAAGAGAACUAGAAAAAGAAUUUCUUAUACAAAAGAAGCAAAAAAUUGAUACAGAAAAGGAAGAAAAGGUUUUUAUUACUAGUGCAUAUAAAAAAAAAUUGAUGGAUAGGGAACUUAUUAAAAAAGAUAUGGAUCUUGAAGUAGAAGAAAAGAAAGUAGAGAAGUCUUCAAAUUACAAUUUAAAUUUAUUCUUAAAAAAUAUAAAUGCACCUUCUAAUUAUAAUAGAUAUAAUAGAAGGUGA